AUGUUGAAAUCCUCUCUUUUGCUGUUGGCUUCCUUUGGCGUUGGCCGUGCUCAAUCGGCCACCCUUGAAGAGCUUUACCUUGAUAAUGCGCCCUCUUCUCCGCGCCCCUAUGUCAUUCCGCAUUACGCCAACUCUCAUGCCGUUACCGUUGGGGAUCAGCUGUACCGGUUCACAGUGACUGGCCCAUCUUCUAAUAAUGCCUUCACUUUGAUGAGCACCAAUGCGCCCUCCAGCAAUGCGUUGGGUGUAUUACCGCAUAUUCACCAGAAGCAUUACGAGAACUUCUUCAACUUCAAGGGUCGUUUCCAGCUUUGGGCCCAGAAGGAUUCGAAUGAGCAACAGGCGCGUUUGCUCACUCAGGGCGAUUACGGAUCCGUUCCGAGGAAUACCACUCACACUUUCCAGCUCUUGGAUCCCGACAGCGAGAUGGUCGGCGUUAUUGUUCCUGGUGGCUUUGAGGACCUCUUUUAUGCCCUCGGAACAAACUACACCUCGGGCACCGACACGCCCUAUGUUCCUGCUCAUUCCAACAGCUCUUCCUCGCCUGACUCCAGCGUCAUUUCUUCUUUGCAGAAGUACGAUGUGUACGCCAAGCUCGGCUUUGAGCCGCGUCGCGAUCUUGUGAACGGCACUGCUCCCAUUGACAACUCCGAGUGGCACACCGGCGAAAAUCCUCUCGGCAGCCCGGCUCAGCCUUAUUUCAUUGCUAAUGGGUACGGCCCCAAGUACCUGAACUCCAAGUUCGGAUACCAAGUCAUCCAGCCUCUCGUCACUCCCACUCAGGCUCAGGAUACCAACUACACUCUGUCGACCAUCUCGCUCAGCCGCCAGACCAAGGACAACGCCCCAACUUACACCUUGCCUGGUGCUACUGCCUUCGAGGUCCUCGAAGGUGUGCUCAUGAUCAAGAUCGGCGAUUACCCAGUGGCUACCUUGUCCAUGGGUGACGUUGCCUUCAUUCCCGUUGGUGUCUCGUUUACCUACUACUCCCAAGUGGCAUUUACCAAGGUGCUGCACGUCAGCAGCGGCAGCAACGGCGUUGAUUCGCAGCUGAUCAAGAGUGGAAAGAGCUGGAACUAUCCUACUUUCCCUAAGUACUGA